CCACCACCACCACCACCACCACCACCACCACCACCACCGACAUCGCCAACGCGACGACGGCCACGAACAAAAAGCCGAUUGAGCGACGAUACCGCAUGCGGAGGCGAGCACUGUCCCACCCCCGGUGGAGCACGACGAUCACUGAUGAGAUCCACGGCGCUGAUCCAUCUGGUGUUGGGAUGGGUGUUGGGAUGGGUGUUGGUGGUGGUAGAGGUGUUGGUAGCGCCAACAAUGGUAGCGGCAACAGCAGCAGCCGUCGUCAGCAGUUCCGCAUGUGGCACGGAGGCAAUGAGAAGAAGGGUGCACGUGUGUCUGCGUUUUCGCGCACGUUUGAAUGUGAAGAUGUGAGCGCUUGCACGGGCGACUGUCGUGGUGUUGGGACAGGUGGCUGUGCCGGACGCGGCAAUGAUGGUGGAGAUGACGGUGAUAGGAUGUGCACUGCCUGCCAGAAGCAGCAGGAGUACGCACGCCUGUGCCAGCAGCUGCUGCAACAGGGAGGUGUAUUUCCCAUUGGCAUCCCCGAUAAUGAUGAUGGUGACGAAAGCAUCGACGAAGAUGACGAUGCAGUCAAUGGUGACGAUGAUGAUGAUGAUGAUGGUGAUGAUGAUGGUGAUGAUGAUGGUGAUGAUGUCGCUGCGUCGACUGUUGACCUGGCGAACACACACGUUGUGGACGUUCAGGGCGAGCACAGCGGACGUCAGCAAAGCGACAACGACGAUGGCUACACCAGCACCGACAACACCAUCAACAAUGCCCCCACCACCAUCACCACGACGAACAAUAUCAACGGCGGCGACAACAACAACAACAACAACAACAACAACAACAAUAAUAGCCCGUCUGAGUUUGACUUUGAGAACGGAAGUGUUGCCACGGACACGUACACCGCGCGGCUGCUUGAGUGUGGCUUUGGGUGCGACGACGAAGAUGAAGUGAUUCUGAGUUCCGAAAGCAACAGCAGCGGUAUUGGUGGUGUCCGGGGUUACGGUGCCCGCAGCAACCGCCUUGGUCGGGGCAGCGACAGCAGCAGCGUUGGUGCUGGCGGAGGCGGUGGCGGUGGUCCACGUGCCAUUGACCGGUGGUUGAGCAUUGACACCCCAGCGUGUCAUCUGUCCUUGCUUGUGUUUGAGCACCUCGCUCGCACCAAGCGGUUUGAGCGCUGUGUGCAGACAAGCCUCUCCUACCAGCGCGGCGGCGUGUCGUGCCAGUCCUUUCUCAAUAGCAUUCCGUCCACCAUUCUCCACCUCAUCAGUGGACAUGUGGCGCACGUGUUGAAUGCCCACCAGCGCAGCGUGCUGCGGCAAUCCCUCCGCUCCACCUCGCCCGCACAUCGCGCUUUUGCCACCGUAGCUGCAAGCGCCACAACGCCGCGCAACGUUCGCAGCACAUCCAACCCACGCGUCAAGUCCAAGUCUCUCGCAACAUCGCCCGCUGUCACCACGUCUGCUGCCACCAGCACCGGGGCAGCAGCGUAA